UGUUGGAUAGACUGGAAAUCAUCAGUCAAGAAGCUGCACAAUGCCCACAGAGCGUUCGCCAGACGAGUUGGAAACCUGCCGUUGCAGGACGGUCCAAAACCGUUGGAUGCCAUGGACCGGGAAAUUCUGGAGGUUUUUUUCCAGCGACAUGGCGGACAGUGAUGGGCUCACUCCCGAAAUUGGUUUGUCGGUGGGUAACGUCGUGAUUGUGAUUAUAAAUGUGAUAAUAAAAUUGGUGUAUAUUGCUGACAACUGCUGAAAUGGUCGAUGUUAAAAUUGAGGAUGAGGGUGAUGCUACUGCCAACAUUGGGUUGGACGCAAACGCGGACAGUUUGGACAUCUUCGAAGUGAAGGCACUUGAAGAGGUUGCAAUGGGUCAGGUGCUUGAGGUUGUGCCAAACAAACAGCAACCCAAACAGCGCACAAACCAAAGCUGUGUGGAAGAGGCGAGCGGUCUCAUUGAAAAUUACCAUGCGCAGCUGAAAGAGAUUUUGGAGAGACAACACAAGGAGCACAUGGGUGUUUUAAAUGGAAUUCACGAUACACUGAAAGCUCUGCUGGAAACCAUGACGGGAGAUAACAAUUUGCGAUAAAAUUUGUACGUUCUUUAAAUCUCAUAAAUAUUCCUUUUCUUCUAAAUAUUAUAUUCAUUAGUUGGGGCCAARGCUUUGCGUAUGUACACCAAUAGCAGUAGCUGCUUCAAACGGGGUUACAUAGUCGCGCUCCAAUUGUUGUUGCAUUGAAAUCUAUUCCCGGAAGGACAGUAAACGCACUACAGGACGGUAAUAAUGAGUGACUUAUAGAGUUUGGGUUUUGUUCGUCGAGAGAGGGCUGUGUUGUUCACUUGCCUACUCAGUCCGAAGUAGCACAUGUUGUCAACAGUUAUUCUGCGAUAGAUUUCAAGGCUGAUAUUGUUGCGAGUGCGACGACUAUUUGUUUUAUGACGGACUCUCGUUUACUACUAGACCGAUUUCCUUUACUUCCGUAUCUAUUCUGGAGAAAGCAGAUUUAACGGCGCGUUGAGGCCAAUUAUAUGAAUACGGCAGCAACUGUACACUCUUAUAUCAUCAUCUAUUUAGUUCUGUAGCUCGAAUUAUUUUCUCCAGCAAUACAUUGAAGAAGUCGCACGAUAGGGAGUCGCCUUGUUCGAAACCUCGUUUUGUUUCGAACGGCUUGAAGACUCCCUUCCCGGUUCUGGCGGAGCUUUUGGUAUUGCUCGAUACCAACUUCAGACAACGGAAAAAAGGCAAAUUCUUUUCGUCCUGUCGAAAUAGCUGUCAUACAAACUGAACGAUCGGAAUCAAGUUCUUGCAUAGA